CUUCCCAAGGGGAGGGGGGGGAGAGACAAGAUUUUCCCAGAGAGGAUCUGUUGGAUCAAGAGGGAACAUGUCGAAAGUGGGAGGGGACUGCUGGGCCCUGCUAGAAGCUGCCCUGGAGCAGGGCUUGAAAAUAGAAGAGAAAGAACCCGCUUGCGUUGAAGCAGCCCUACAGCCUGAUGCCAUCCAGGGUGAAGGCAGCGAGGGAUUCUGGGAAAGAAAUACGCAGGCAUUUCCAGGAGAGGACACUGUCAACUCCAACACGCAGCGCCUGCACUUCCGACAGUUCUGCUAUCAAGAGGUGGAAGGGCCCCGGGAGGUUUGCAACCGGCUCCACGCCCUUUGCCAUCUGUGGCUGAAACCAGAGCAACACACGAAAAACCGAAUCCUGGACUUGGUGAUCCUGGAGCAGUUCCUGGCGAUCUUGCCCUCGGAGAUCCAGAGCUGGGUCCAAGAAUGCCAGCCAGAGACCUGUUCCCAGGCAGUGGCCCUGGCAGAAGGUUUCCUCCUGAAGCAGGCAGAGAGGAAGAAGCAGAAAGAGCAGGGACCUUUGUCCGAUGUGACCGCUUCUUUCCCCAAGUCAGAGAAUGUUCCAUCGGACACCAGCCAGAGGCCGCCAUUGAGGUGGAUCGUGCAAGAAGGUGACCAAGACACUGUCAUCUCACCGGGUGAUGAAUUGAGACCAGCUUUAAGCUCGGAACUUUCUGCUGUUUGUGGGGGAGCUGAAAUGGCUUUGGUGCAGCCAGAUCAAGGUCCAGUCUCUUUCAAGGAGGUAGUGGUGUGCUUCACCAAGGAGGAGUGGGCGCUGCUGGAUCCGGGCCAGCGGGCUCUGCACAGGGAGAUCAUGGUGGAGAAUUAUGGGACUGUGACUUCUCUAGGUAAGCCUCUUGCUUUUCCUCAUGUGAUGGAGAUGAGAGCAAGAUGA